AUGGCUGACAAAGGUUUUAAGAAGGAAAUGGAUCAAUUACACGUGGAAUGCACAAACUGUGAAUGGGUCGGGAAACUAAAAGGAUAUCAGGAUCAUUUAGAUGAAUGUCAUUCAAAUUAUGUUUGUGAAUUGUGUGGUGAGAAAUUCUCGACAACAUCAACAUUAAAUAGCCAUAAAUACAUAUGUCAGAAUGUCAUAGAACCAUGUCCAUUAGUGAAUCAUGGCUGUUCAGAUAAGAUUGUCAGAUCAAAAUUAACAAGUCACUACUUAACCGAGUCACAUCAACAUUGUUUAUUAUCAUUUUUGCUCAAGUUUCACGAUUUAAUUCAGUCAUGGCUGAAAGCAAAUACAAAUAACACGUCAGAUAUGAACUCUACUAGUAUAGCUGGUAGUAUUCAUUAUAAACUGCAUGCGAAUGUGGAUUCUCGAGCAAAUGACAUUGAAACUCAGAAAUCAGCAAACGCCUUGUAUAGCGAGCUUCGAAAAUGUUAUGAAACAUUAACCAUCUUGACACAAGGCAUUCAGACAUUGAGCCUGGAUACAAAUCGAUUAAGUUCAGAAUCUUUAAACAAUAAUACUGUAAUUCAGUCACUUUUUAGCGAAAUAUCGCAGGCAAAGAUAUUGAUGGACGAAAAACACUCGCAUAUAGCUGUUGUGGGACCGGAUCAAGAAAGAUUACAGCAGGAGCUAUUAAGUGUGAAGGAGAAAUUAGAUAGUAUAGAAUUCACAUCGCAUGAUGGUACUUUAGUUUGGAAAGUGAUUAAUGUAUCCGAGAAAAUGGCCGAUGCUCAGUCAGAAAGACAUCCAAGUAUUUACUCACCAAUAUUCUAUUCUUCCCCAUGUGGAUAUAAAAUGCGAGCUAGACUCUAUCUUUUUGGAGAUGGUAACGGUAGAAGAACUCAUAUGUCUCUCUUCUUUGUGUUGAUGAGAGGUGAAUAUGAUUCAAUCCUGAAAUGGCCAUUCCAUCACAAAGUCACGUUCUGUUUGUUCGACCAGUCAGGACAAAAUCGACAUGUUAUUGACAGCUUCAAACCAGAUACUAAGUCAAAUAGUUUCCAGAGACCCCGUUCUGAAUUGAACAUAGCAAGUGGAAUACCGAAGUUCUUCCCUUUGCCGAUGAUUCAGCAGGAUGGGAACAAUUACGUCAGAGAUAACACGAUGUUCAUUAAAGUGAUUGUAGAUUUGGCUGAUGUACCGAAAAUGAUUUUACCCUUCACUCUCAGCUUAAAUCCAGGUUUACCUGUUCAUGUUCAACAUCACCUAAUUCAACAAGAAACCCAGAAACAGCAAGCUUCAACAUCUUCUCCUGACGUUGCAUGA